AUGGAGAAAUUCUCAGAUUGGAGAGAUGGUCCAACAGGUAUUGCACCUUUAUUACCACCAAGAAAUAAACAAUCAGAAUCAUCAUUCGUAGCAAGUUUGGUUGGAAAUAUCUUUUAUUUCCUACUUGCACCAAUACUUUGUAUUAUUAGAAUACCUUUUAUCAUAGUAUUCACUUUACUUUUGGUAUUAUUUGAUUAUAUAUUUAAAACUACACCAUUAGGAGUUGUAGGUAGAGUUCUCAAUAGAACAUUUGCAAUUGUAUUUGGACGUUCCAUUUUGUUUUUGUUUGGAUUCACAUUCAUCGAUGAAGCAGUCGAAUCAUUGAGCAGAUCCAAGCAACCACAAGGCAGCUUCAAAUCGGUGAUGCUCGAUGACAUCAUCAUAUCGAAUCACACUUCAUAUAUCGAUAUUAUUUAUUUGGUUUACAGAUUUUCACCUAUGUUUGCAGUGCCACCAAGUGACAGAGAUGGAGUUGUCGAGGGUCGUUUGAUUCCGCUGAGUUUGGCUGGCGCUUUGAAGAAUGCAAUGUUCUCACCCGUUCAGUUGUACAGCGAUUCCAUUGCAACUGAACAGCUGCUUGCGCGUAUCAACAACAGCUGGGUCGGUCCACUCGUCGUAUUCGCAGAGGGUACCACUUCGAAUGGUCUCGGACUGCUUGAGCCGGCACAGGUCUACCUCAGUCGUAACUGUGUCCCGACACUUCCACUCGAUGGAUCAUCGAAUCAAUCGGUCGACACUCAAGACGUAGUCGAAUGGUUUGACGCACUCUUCAAGGCACUCUCCAGUCUAACCAACUGCAGACGCACCAAGAUCACCGCCCACAAGAAACUUUCAUUCGUCGCCUACUGGCGUGGAUACAAAGUUAAAUACGACAAGUCCACCGAAAAGAAACACAAAUAA